AUGCGUUUCUUCACCAUCGCAGUCGCCCUCGGCGCAGUCGUGAAUGCCUUACCGCUGGCAUCCGACAACACCGCGGCCAUCGCCAGCGCCAUCGUAGCCCGCGACAUCCUCGACGACAUCCCGGGCGCCAUGUCCACCCCAGAUAUCCCUGGCUUCCUCGAACGACACGAAUUGACCGGCACAUCUCGCGUCGACACCAUGCUGCAGCGCGCUCAACUCAGUAGACGCUCAAGUGCACUUGGUCUACUCAAGGCUCUCGGCUAUAGCAGCCAGGAUUUCAGGGCUAUCAUGGAGGUCAUGAAUAUUAGGAUUAACGCUGACAUCAACCAUCUGUUCAAGAACAAGGGCACGUGGUAUGACCAUGAUUUGGAUGAUAUGUUCCAGAAGCUUGGGAUUGAGUACUAG